AAAUAGGUAUCAAAUUUGCAUUCUUUGAACAUCUGAAGUGCAAUUUAGAGGCAGAUUAGAGCUUUGUGGAGGUAGAUAGGCUUGCUGUAAGAUUCCCCAGGAUGGCUUAUAGGACUGUCAUCAGCAUCGACACGGAUUGCUACAAAUGCAAGAAAGUUGCCUUGCAUUCUAUUACAAAAAUAGAUGGAAUAAAUACUGUUUCCAUCAACACGAAGGAGAGGACCAUAACUGUGGAUGGAGAUGCAGAUCCAGUGUGCAUUGUCAACAAAAUAAAAAGCAAAAUCAAAUGUGCUCGCCUGGUUUCAACUGGACCUCCACCAUCAUCCCAAAAAACAGAGGAGGAAAAGAAGAAAGAGGAGGAGGAGAAGAAGAAGAAAGAGGAGGAGGAGAAGAAGAAGAAGAAGGAGAAGAAGAAGAAGAAAGAGGAGGAGGAGAAGAAAAAGAAAGAGGAGGAAGAGAUGAAGAAAAAAAAGGAGAUGGAAAAGAAAGAUGAUGGAAAAUGCAAGAUUAUAAUGUGUCCAAAGUAUCCACCAUGCACGGGGUACUGCUCAUGUACACCUCCUCAACACUGUGGAUGUUCUACAUGUUCAAGCAAAUCGGGUAUAAUCCCAUGGCCUGGGUAUCAUCCUCCUAAGCCUCCUGCUAAUGAAGUUUGGUAUUUCUGGAAUGAUGAAAAUCCAAGAUCCUGUACAGUUUGUUAAAUCAAGAGUCUUCAUUCUACUACAUGUACUACGUAUGAUAUUAAUGAAUGUCCUGAAAAGUUGGUAUACAAGUUACUUUUUAAUGUUUAAAUGUGGUAGUAUGUAAGUCUUGGGGUGUCAGCAGUCAAGUGUAUUCUGUUGCAUAAGUGGAGGGAGGAACUUAUCUUUUGUUUCACAAGAGAUAAGUGUCUACCAUACAUUAUGAGAUGCUUUUAUGUGUUAAUAAAGUAGCGAUAUUUCCUUGUACACAACA